CGUCGCCUGCAGGGGGGGGGCCAGAUUCGACUACCUUCUUACUCUACUCGAUCCUCCGUUCUUCUUAUCCCGCCACGACAGAACACAAUCAGGUCACAACAAUGACGGAAGGAUCAAACUACGACUUCUUGUUCAAGGUUGUGCUCAUCGGAGACUCUGGCGUCGGGAAAUCAAACUUGCUCUCGCGGUUCACCAGGAAUGAAUUCAACCUGGACUCCAAGUCUACCAUCGGAGUCGAGUUUGCUACUAGAUCUGUUCAAGUAGAUUCCAAGACAGUCAAAGCCCAGAUCUGGGAUACGGCGGGUCAGGAGCGAUACCGUGCUAUCACUUCUGCCUACUACCGAGGUGCUGUCGGGGCUCUCCUCGUAUACGAUAUUGCCAAACACCCCACAUACCAGAACGUGCACCGAUGGUUGAAGGAGCUCCGUGAUCACGCAGACUCCAACAUUGUCAUCAUGCUUGUCGGGAACAAGAGCGAUCUCAAGCAUUUGCGAGCUGUCCCUACAGAUGAGGCGAAAGCCUUUGCUACCGAGAACAACUUGUCGUUCAUCGAGACGUCGGCAUUGGACGCUUCCAACGUCGAGGCCGCUUUCCAGAAUAUCCUGUCUGAUAUCUACCACAUCGUAGCAAAGAAGAACCUCGAGAACUCGAGCGAUGUGAUUCAGCCGUUGGAAGGCCGCGGCAUCGAUAUCGCAAAGUCUGAGGAUGAUGGCGGUGCCAAACAGGGCGGCAAAUGCUGCUAAAGCGAGUCUUAUGCCAGGGUUCUUGAUUUAUGUGAUCGGCGCGAUUUACGCGGCGUCACUUGAUUGCGCGCAGCCUGUCGGAUGUGAUUCUCAUCUACAUCCCGAAUCCGACGAUCUAUCACGCUUUCCUUUCUUUUGUCACGAUUUUUGUAUGGCUUGUAAACAGUACGCAGAUUCGAUAUCUUAUUCGGCAUAAGGGAUGGAUGAUACAAUGUGUAGCGACAAU